AUGAGUCGCAAAUCAACUCCAACAGUCAAGACUGCGACCAACUCUCACACCGUGACGUCCAACCGUCCUUCCUACACCAUCUUGCACAGCGACAAGCUCAGCAAUGUCCAGCCCCCAAAAGCAAAGGACAGGACGAUUCCUAAACCUUCUGAGCCCGGCGUGAUGGGUGGCGGUGGGAUGGAGGACAUUCUUUCACGCCUCAAGCUCAAUGAUUCUCGCAAACCUGCUCCUGCCCCCGCGGGCGAGGUCAAGUCGCGCAAGGCUGAUGAUUUUGGGAACCUCGACAAGCUUUUGAACAAUCUUCACGAUUCUAGCAAGGCCUUGAAGAAGCAAGAGCAGGAACUCCGAAGCGAAAUGCAAUCUGAGAAUCACAAAGCCCACACCUCAAGCGAUGACAGCCUCGAUGCUGCAAAAUCUGUUCACCACCACACAACGGCUCUGAAUAAGGUUGAUGUGGCUGAAAUGAUGCGUGUCAAGCAGGAGCUCGAGGCGGCGAGAUCCGUCAUUUCACGCCAGGAGCAGGAGCUUGCUGAGACCCGCACACUGAAACAAACCAUCGACCAAGCCAUGGGUCCCCCUUCUGAAGUUGACUUUGGCGCCUCUAACGAUAUCUCGGAGCAAACCAUCGGCCAUCUGCAAAGUGCUUUCAACGCUUCUGCUCGUCCGUUCACUUCGCAGACCGACGCUUGGGCUACCCAGGACGACCACCGCAAUGACUUCAUGCGUAGCAGGGCUAUCUGGAACAAUCCUUCGACGUCGGUGACGAACCUUUUGGCUACCAACCCUCCUGCUCCGGCAUAUACCCACCAUCGCGAUGCCCGUCUCUCUGGCCAGGCUUACAACGGAGUCUAUGGAGCGCCCUUUUCUCCAGCUGAGGCCACUUUCCAACCUCGCAACUUCUCAGGCAUUGGAGGUCCGCUGGCAUAUGACAUGAGGUCAAAUAACGACAUCAUGCCAAUGAACCCCACUCUCGGAAUGAGACGCAACGGUGGACAGCUGAGAAUCAACCCAGGCCUUGCUGAUCCUAUGUCCCAGCUUAGCAGCUUCCCCCCUGCCGCUUCCACCUUGACACCACCACCAAUCAGUCCGGUCGGGUUUCCAGGCCAAUACAACUAUCAACGAGGAAUCACAACCCCGAUCACUCCCGCCACGGACUUCAACACUGCUGGCGUGCAGAGCACUGGAAACCCGUGGCCGCUCUCGGGUGGUGGCGGCGGUGGUGUGAAUGGCCAGACCUAUGUCACGCCUCUCGAGCCAAUGAACUAUCGCCGCCUCCUCGACAAGUCCGUGUCCUGUGAUUGGAAGUACAUUGUUGACAAGAUUGUCUGCAACAAUGACCAGCAGGCUAGCAUCUUCCUCCAGCAGAAGCUCAAGGUCGGUACGGCUGAACAGAAGUUUGAGAUUGUUGAAGCCAUCGUCAAUCAAGCCUAUCCGCUCAUGAUCAACCGGUUUGGCAAUUUCCUUGUCCAGCGCUGCUUUGAGCAUGGAACACCCGAACAAGUUGUUGCCAUUGCUGAUGCCAUUCAUGGCAACGUCCUUUCCUUGAGCAUGGAUCCAUUCGGCUGCCACGUCAUUCAAAAGGCCUUUGAUUCGGUUCCAGAAGACCACAAGGCUGACAUGGUCCGAGAAUUGCUUCGCCGCAUUCCUGAUACGGUUAUUCACCGCUAUGCUUGUCAUGUCUGGCAGAAGCUCUUCGAGCUCAGAUGGAGUGGGGAGCCACCACAGAUCAUGCUGGAGGUCAAUAAGGCUCUUCGCGGUAUGUGGCAUGAAGUUGCAUUGGGCGAAACAGGGAGCUUGGUGGUUCAGAACAUUUUUGAGAAUUGCAUCGAGGAAGAGAAGAGACCCGCCAUUGAAGAAGUGAUUGCCAAUAUCGACCUCAUUGCCCACGGUCAGUUCGGCAACUGGUGCAUUCAGCACUUGUGUGAGCACGGCUCUCCACCUGACAAGCGCCGUGUCAUUGACCACAUUCUUGCCAAUUCCUACAGCUACAGCAUUGAUCAAUUCGCGUCUAAAGUUGUUGAGAAGUGUCUCAAGAUCGGAGGACCGGAAUUCUUGGACCGCUAUCUCGGAGUCAUCACCACUGCUCACCCCGAUCGCCCGCGCAUCCCACUGAUCGACAUUGCUGGCGACCAAUAUGGCAACUAUCUGAUUCAAUGGAUCUUGAUGAACACUCACCACCAUCAGCGAGAGCAGGUGGCCAUCCAUAUUCGAAAGCACAUGGUCUCCUUGCGUGGCUCCAAAUUUGGAUCUCGAGUUGCCAUGCUCUGCUGCAACCCGAAUUCGGUCACUCGUCCUGGUCCCGGAGCAGUUGUCAACCCUUUCGGUGCUCCUGGCCAACCGCGCAACCAAUGGCCUCGCUUCCGCUAG